GCGGGGCUCGGGCUAGCUGCCGGCGGCCCGGAUGGCGGGCGGCGCGGGCUGGGCGGGCGCCCCCGCGGCUCUGCUGCGCUCCGUGCGCCGCCUGCGCGAGGUGUUCGAGGUGUGCGGCCGCGACCCCGACGGCUUCCUGCGCGUGGAGCGCGUGGCGGCGCUGGGCAAGCGCUUCGGCCAAGGCGAGGAGGUAGAAAAACUUGUAAAAUACCUGGACCCCAACGACCUGGGGAGAAUCAACUUUAAGGACUUUUGCAGAGGGGUGUUCGCCAUGAAAGGCUGCGAGGAGCUGCUGAAGGAUGUGCUGUCCGUGGAGACCGCGGGGACCCUGGCCUGCAUGCCCGAGAUCCCGGACUGUGUGGACCAGGGCAUCGAGGUGCCAGGCCCUGUGUUUACUGAUGGCGAGCUCAUCCCCAGGGAGCCCAGCUUCUUUCCUGAGGACGAAGAGGAGGCUAUGACACUGGCCCCACUCGAGGCCCCCCUGGAAUUGGACAUGAUGGACAGCCCCAUGGAGAGCACCCAGAGCCUGGAGUGCUCGGUCGUGAUUUCUGCCGAGGAGAAGGAUGGAGGCCUUGGGGGCCUCUUCCUGCCAGAGGACAAGUCCCUGGUCCACACUCCCUCCAUGACAACAUCAGACCUCUCCACACACUCCACCACCUCGCUCAUCAGCAACGAGGAGCAGUUUGAAGACUACGGGGAGGGCGACGAUGUGGACUGUGCCCCCAGCAGCCCCUGCCCUGAUGAUGAAACCAGGACAAACGUCUACUCGGACCUGGGAUCUUCAGUGUCUUCUAGUGCAGGGCAGACACCUCGGAAGAUGCGGCACAAUGUGUACAACAGUGAGCUGCUGGAUGUCUACUGCUCUCAGUGCUGCAAGAAAAUCAACCUGCUGAAUGACUUGGAAGCCCGCCUGAAGAACUUGAAGGCCAACAGCCCCAAUCGGAAGAUCUCUAGCACAGCCUUUGGACGGCAGCUGAUGCACAGCAGCAACUUCAGCAGCAGCAACGGCAGCACAGAGGACCUGUUCCGGGAUAGUAUUGACUCCUGUGACAAUGACAUCACAGAGAAGGUGAGCUUCUUGGAAAAAAAGGUGACAGAACUGGAGAAUGACAGCCUGACCAACGGGGACCUGAAGAGCAAGCUGAAACAGGAGAACACACAGCUGGUACACAGGGUGCAUGAACUGGAGGAGAUGGUGAAGGACCAGGAGACCACAGCUGAGCAGGCCCUAGAGGAGGAGGCGCGGCGGCACCGAGAGGCCUACAGCAAACUGGAGAGGGAGAAAAGCACAGAGAUCGAGCUGCUCAACACCAGGGUGCAGCAACUGGAAGAGGAAAAUACUGACCUUAGGACCACAGUGACCCGGCUUAAGUCUCAGACAGAGAAGCUAGAUGAGGAGCGGCAGCGUAUGUCUGACCGGCUGGAGGACACCAGCCUGCGGCUUAAGGACGAGACGGACCUGUACAAACGCAUGAUGGACAAGCUGCGGCAACACCGGCUUGAGUUCCAAAAGGAGCGGGAGGCAACCCAGGAGCUCAUUGAAGACUUGAGGAAGGAACUGGAGCACCUGCAAAUGUACAAGCUGGACUGCGAGCGGCCAGGCAGGGGCCGGAGCUCAUCCUCUGGCCUGGGCGAGUUCAAUGCCAGGGCCCGAGAGGUGGAACUGGAGCAUGAAAUCAAGCGACUCAAACAGGAGAAUCAUAAGCUACGGGAUCAGAAUGAUGACUUGAAUGGACAGAUCUUAAGCCUCAGUCUCUAUGAAGCAAAGAACCUCUUUGCAACCCAGACCAAAGCCCAGUCUCUGGCUGCAGAAAUAGACACGGCCUCUCGUGAUGAGCUCAUGGAAGCCCUGAAGGAACAGGAGGAGAUCAACUUCCGGCUGAGGCAGUACAUGGACAAGAUAAUCCUUGCCAUUCUGGACCACAACCCUUCCAUCCUCGAGAUCAAGCACUGAGACCAGGGGACAGGCUGCAGAGCGGCCUCGGGACCUCGGGGCAGACCCUGCCUGAGGAUGAGCCCGGGCAGGGCCUCACAUGCAUUGUCAGUGUGUCUCUGGCUGCUGUGCUACAUGCACUAGUGGAGGAGGGAGGCUGUGUACACAGGGGAGGGUGAGCGUGGGUCCAUGGCUGUGGGUGGCCCUGUGCAGUGAGCUGUCCAUACACUUUGUGGUCCCUUGCAGAGGGCGUCAGGCUCUGAAAGUUGGAGGAGGUGAGGCCUACUGUAAUAACAAGAACUGGAAGUUUUCUUGUCAAGAUACUGGAUACAAUGGAUUCUACCUCUGGGGAUAAAAAUUAAAAACACCCUAACGAGAUGAACGUUCACCCACUCCUCUUCCCCCGGGAGCAGGGGGGAAACUAUGACUUGAAGGCCCAACAGCUAUGUCCCCAGCAACCUCUGGCCACCUUUCAAGCCCAGGUGCUGGAGCUCAGCGAGGAGAAAAGGGGUACCUGAGUCUCCCAAACCCCACCCUGGCCAGCAGCCUUCUAGAGGUGCCUCCCAGAGCCCCACGCUGCAGAGGAGCCUGUGGGAGGGUGACCAUUCUGAGAGUGCUUGGCAUUUUUAAGAGUUCUCGUAUACAUCCCUGUCCCUGACUGCUACCUCCCCAUUUCUGUUUUUGUUCUGAUUUUAAGACAAUGAAAAAUAAGCAGCAAUUACUUCAGUCUAAAGGGAAGAGAGUAAAAGAAGAAGGGGCUUGGAUUGGGCUCAGGGGCUAGUCCAAGACACAAAUGACAUCAGACAACCAAAGAUGUGGUUUUUGGGGAGAAUCAUGCUCACGUCCUUGUCAGGUUCCUUCCCUGCGGCUGUAUUUUGAGAGAAGCAGGGAUAUCCUAUCUCCACAGCUUUCAGGGGCUCCAGGUGGACCCUGCUCACCAGGUUUUUUUCCCCAUGGCCUGGUGAUGAUAGGCCUUUGACUUGGCCUUUCAGAACCAGAACUCUGGGCUCAGCUCUGUUCCAACUUUUAGAAAUACAUCUGUAUCCAGUUCUCAGCAGGGAGUGGGAGUGGGGGUUGGGGGAGAGGCUCCCAGAAGCAGCAGAGAAAAACCUUAGUCUUCCAUCCUUGUGACAAAUGGUGGGAAUUUACACUUAUGGACUUUUUUGGGGGCUUUUAAUGUGACUUGUUAUAGGCAGCUGGGAGCAGAUCUGGUACUUUUAUUUUUUCCAGUUUGUCUCCAGUUAAUAUUGCUGUGCUCUCCUUAAUCCAGAUGUAUAUAAACAUGUAUAGCCUUCUUCUCAACCCGCAGUUGUUUUCUCCAGCCCCUUCAGUGCGGAACAGAAGGCUUGGGUAUGUUGAGGAGGGGUGUAUGCAGAGAAGAGACACAAGUCAAGGGUGAAGAGGAGAUCAUGGUUGUUUCUUGCACACACAGGCAGGACUAUGGCCAGGAUGACCUUCAUUCUGUUCCAGGCAGCUUUUGCUUUUGUUGGACUUCUUGAGUUCUUUUUAAGCAUGUGUGAAGAGAUUGCUUUAUGCUGCAAAUAUAGGGUUACAUUAGUCUGACCUAGGACUUUGGGGCCACCCACACAGAGAAAUAGGACAGUUUUCUGGGGCAUUCUUAGCCACUUAGAGCAGGUGGUCUCCCUUGAGAGGCUGAGAGAAUGGCAGUGAGAAGGCAUGAGGAGUGGACCUCUUAUGAAUUUGCUAGUGGGAAGGAAUGGGUCAAAGGAGUCGAAGCAAAGACCACGAAGAGUCAUUCCAUGGCUUUGGGCUGGGCUGUCCUGAAGAUGGAGGCCUGCCAGGGCCAUGUCCUGGUCUGGAGGGGACGGGGAGGCUUACCUAAGGGAUGAACACUGUAUAAAGAAAAAUGUAUGUGUUUUUCAGAGGUAAUGGUGUGGAAUUUCUGUGGAGGCCACAAAAGCAAGAAUUGCAUAGUCACUUAAGAGAUGGACUUUCUUGAGGAAAGAACAGGCAAAGCCCUCAGCCUGCAGUGUUCUGCCAUGCCUUGCCACUAGAGGGAGCCACGUGAAUGCAUUCUUUCUGGUCUGAAAGACAAGGGAAGACGAACUGGCUGUGAUCAGCUCAUUGUAAACACCAUUGCACUCAGACCAGACUUUGAGAUGAGAUUGGUUUCCAUGUAAGAGUGCUGCUCUGCGCUCUUGAAGUCUGUCCUGUGGGGGCAGAUAUCCCUGGUGGGUCCCAGCCCUACAUCCCUGGGCAGGAUCCAGAGCUAUGUGGAGUCUGCAGGAGCAGGCAGACCUGGUACUCUCAGCUUGCUUUCUGCCUCCAUUCUUUCCCACUGGGGGUUCUGGGCUUACCUCAGUGGUGAGGGGGCGGGGGGCUAGAUAGCAUACAGGAUGCCCUGUUGAACUUGAAUUUCAGAUAAAUCACUUUUAGUAUAUGUUCCGUGCAGGACUGGGAUAUAUUUAAAAUGGGAUUUUUUUUUUUUUUUUUUUAAUUCUAGCUGACAUUCCAGAUUCUGCUUUCAUUGAUGUGGGUAUAUGGGAUCCAGGCUCCUCAGGUAAUUGCAAUUUAAGAGGUAUCUUGUAGAGGCUUUGUGUUUUUACUAAACCUGACAACCUUUCCAGACAGGAAUUAGCAACAACUAGUCUGAAAUUUAGAGGUGCCAUAUGGAGGCACAAGGAGGGGGCUCUGCAGCAAACUAACAGGAUGCUGGCCUCACAUUCAGUUGUAAACCAGGGAGAUUUUGCAAAAACAGUGAGUAUUGUAUACAGCAUCUAUAAUAGAAAAUAAACACCUUCUGAACUGGCUAGGGCUUGCUCUGUGGGAAAAUACAAGAAAUAAAAUCCUCGUAAACAUUUCUCUUUUAAACCUUGAACUAUCCAGAAUUGGUCCUGAGAACUGUCAAAGGCAGUGCCCUAUCCUUUGGCUUUAUUUCUGGUGUAUUUAAAAUACAAGCAGAGGGCCCUAGAGGCAGUAUAAUGAGUAGGGCAAUGAACAUAGGGGCAUGAGGUCUUGAGUUCAGUCCUUGUUAACCAUGCGCCAGAGUGAUCCUCUGGUUCCCUCCCUCUCUAGGUUGUAUUAAUUAAAUGAAAAGCAGAGCUCAAUAGUCUUCCAGAGCACUCGGAACUAAAACUGGUUCUCCAUGUAGACUGAGCACUGAGCUCAGCUGCUGACUAGCUGCCCCUCCAGACGUGCAGGUCAAGGUGGUGUGGCUCAGGCAGCUGGAGGGUUGCAGAGCCCAGUCUGAGACCCACUGUCCUAGAAGGUUGCUGGGCAGAGGUAAAGAGAAUGAGGCUAGAAAUGACUAUUUGACUUGGCUUAAGAUACCAGCACAUGUUACUGGGAUGUUGGUGACUUUUCCUGUUGUGGUGUCAGAUGGUGAGAAGUUACCACGUCCCUUGCCCCUGUGGGAGACUGAAUGUCUUCAGGAGCUGGUGGGCCCAGUGGUUCUUAGCAGUUUGAAGUGGGCAGGUCUCCGUCUAGGAGCCUGUGUUGGGAUGUACAGGUCUGGAGUGAGUGUCAACCAAAGUCGGGGCUUGAUGCUAAAAAGCCAGACUGUCUCCCAUCCCCCUGGAAGCAGCCUCAGAAACAGCAGCUGCUGACUUGGACAGUGAGUUUGCCUCUGAUCAGUUUAUCAUGGAGACAGUGAGGGUUGGCCCAGCUCCUCCCCAAACCAACAUCCCCAUGGAGCUCAGCUGCCUGACACCUGUGGCUUCUUGUGUCCUGAUGAAGGACUUAGCAGCUGGAAAGUAUCUCCAGGGGCCAGUGGGCCUGAUGGUUUGGGAGAAAUUCAGGCCCCAGUUUUAUGCUGGGUACAUGUACUUAGUGCAUUAGCAAAUGUAGACCUAAAGGGAAACUUAGCACGUGACUGGAGUAUCAGAAGUAUUUGGGUGCUCAGCAUGCUAAGGAAAUGACAGGUCACCUGGCACGGCUACAGUGACCUUUAAAGGGAUGAGGUAGGUUUUAGAUGGCAGAGAGGGGUUUGGGGGGGCGGUGUCUGCUGGUAUCCUUCAGUCUUCCUCGUCUGAGGUGAGGGACAACCCCUUUGAGGCACUGCCUGGGCCAGUGAAUCUGCUGAGGGCCCUCCUUUAGGGGCCACAGCCACCCUGGGUGGCUUUGAACAAGCCUCUCUCCCUGUCAUGUCCAUGUCCGGCACCUCCACCUCCUGCUUUAGGCGUAUACACGAAGGGGCGGCCUUGAGCCUGUCCAGGGUCGUCCUCAGACUGCUCAGCCUACACAGGAGAAUCACUUUGUAGAAAGAAAGCUUCUUUCCUAAAAGCGAAGCGCAAUGUCAUGUGGCUCUGGUGUUCCACCUCUUUGCACCCUGAUUAAAACAGGACCACCUGCCCAGGUGUGUCCUAGAAAUGACACUUGAAGGCUGCUCCUGCAGGAGCUCAGUGCUGCCAUCCCCAUCUAGCCUCCUGCCAGGCCCCUGCUUUGCUGUGCUGCACAGGCUGUGUUUUUGUCUGCAUGGUUUGGGGUCAUUGUUUCUGUGCCUUCCCUCCCCCCCCCCGUUGCUACUGUACAGGACUUUCCAUGUUACUCCUGCGCCCUUUUUUAGAUCCUGCUCCCAAGCCUGUAAAUGUGUACAUACAGUCCCCACUCUGUGUCCUCCGGCCCGCCCCACUCAAGGUCUGCUCCCAGGUCUGGGCUCCUGGCCGCUGUCCCCAUAAAACCAGGCCCCGUGUCCUCUGUGCUCACUCAGUGUGCACACAUGGUGACUUUGUACAGAAUUUUUCAUUGUGGUCAUAAACCUGGGGGGCUUGGACCUCCUUAGUCCUUUGUGUGGCCUGCAGCUAGUGUAGAAGCCUUGCCCACCAGAAAAGGGUAACUUUGUCUAAAGCAGCUUCUCCUGCAAACCUCCUUCCAAGUUAGCGCCACUGUUAAUAGACAGCAGAGUGCACUUUUCCCACAAGGUGCUGCCAGUAGGCAGCUCUCUGGGCCCCUCAGAGGGGCACUCCGGCCUCCAGAAGACUGUCUGGCUGUGUGACUCCCUGUGCUUUGGAUUUGGACCCCCACAUGGGCGGAAGGAAGAGGCUUCUCGAUGCUGGCUGGCCUCACCUACCAUUCACAACUGCUGAGUGGUCCUCAUCUGUCCACGGUGCUCAGACCUGGGUGCCAUUAACUCCCCGAAGGAUGUCAUCGGCCCGAGCAGUGCUGAGGAUUCACUGCAGUCUCCCUUCAUCCCAGCGCCCCUGCUCUCCUGCUGGAUCUCCCGGGGGCCUGGGUAGAUGGAGCUACACGUGUGGGCUCAUACACGAGGGUGCGUUUGUGGCUUUGGCUCCCCUUGAAGUUCUUGCUCCUGGGAGCCUCCACCUGGAAACAAACUGGCUGAGCUUGGGGGCUGAAAGGAGACCUCCAUUUCUGGGGGUGGGGUGGGUGGGGGUAAAGGCUGGGGGAAGUAGGGGGUGAAGCCCCAAGGUCAUGGCUUCCUGUCUGCCUCUAGCCAAAAACAAGCAGUGCUCUGAGGCAGGCACCUCCCAGGGAACUCUAAUGUACAGACCUAGGUGUAAAUAAACAGUUUGUUCUUGCCUGA